AUGAAAUACAAUCCAAGAGUCACAAGCUCACGCCGCAAGUGCCGGAAGGCCCACUUCACGGCACCCUCCAGCGUCCGACGUGUCCUAAUGAGCGCACCUCUAUCGGCGGACCUCAGGCACAAGUACAACGUCCGGUCAAUCCCGGUCCGAAAAGACGACGAGGUCCAGGUGGUGCGUGGGACUUACAAAGGCCGUGAGGGAAAAGUCGUCCAGGUCUACCGUAAGAAAUGGGUCAUCCACAUUGAACGGAUCACCCGCGAGAAGGUAAACGGGUCGACGGUGAAUGUGGGUGUUAAUCCUUCCAAGGUGGUUGUUACUAAGCUCAAACUUGACAAGGACCGGAAGGCUUUGCUUGAUCGGAAGGCCAAGGGAAAGGCUGCUGAUAAAGCUAAGGGGAAGUUCACCGUCGAGGAUGUUGCUGCCGGUGCACCGUCUCUCCAAGAGAUUGAUUAG